GCGGAAGCCGACUAUCGAGGGGGCGUGCGCCAGGGAUUUUCCCGUGGAGAAACAGAAGGACAUGGCGGGGUACACCGCGUUCACGCAGAACUGCAAGGACAAGGCCAAGGGGUGCCUUAAGGAAGUAUUCAGCCGCAGUGGCGGCGAAGUUCUCUACGGCACGCUUUCGCGCUCGCAUUUGGCAAUCAUUCUGCGGGCCAUCGACGCGGGGCAAAGCGGGGGAUCCCUGCAGACGACCUGGCCCCUUUCGCAGGUGGCAGCGCUGCAGCCCAUGUGCGAGGUCGGCACAGGCUUGCUGAUGAUGUCCGCAGUGGCGGACAAUGACCCUGUGGCGAGGAAACUCGUGAAGGAGGGGGUGCUCUGCGAGGUGCUGGGCCCUGAUGUCAUGCUCGGCGAAACGAACUGCUCCAUCAUAGCCCAGGCCAUUAAUCGGCCACGGGCGUUCUCCAUGCGGAUGUCGCAACUGGAGGCGAUGAAAGUACUUUCCUCAGAUAUCAAGAACGCAAGGGAGGACGGCAGCGACAUAAUCACCUACGAGAACGCGAUGCAGGCGGCAGGUGCCCGACUGGGGAGCUUCUCCUCCGACCCCUCCUUCUGCGACUUCUUCAACUCCAUCCUGAACCUGGGCGCCGAUGGAGGCCCUCACAUACGGGAACUCAUCGACCUCGUCGGGGCGUGCGUCAAUUCUGCUGCGAGAAUGUUGCGCCGGCCUGCGUUCGGCCUCGCGGGCGAGGUGGUCCUGAGAACCGACAUCGCAAAGCACCUGGACAACAAGGCGACCAACCCCUCGACGGCGAAGGCCCGCCAGGCGCUCUUGCAGGGGUGCAGGGCGGCGUACGCGAACGCCCUGCCGACAGAAAAAGCUGCCGCGCCCAUGGCGACCUUCCAGGCACAGGAGGACUGGAAUUGGUUCGAUUUUGCAACGCUGCCGCCCGAAGAAAAGACAACCGCAGCGUCGUUUCAGGAAGAGGGGGGCGGGGCCGCCGCGCAGCCCGCGGCGAUCACUUUCAACGUGAUCACUGGGCGCCUCGAGAACGAACAGGCCACCGUUAAGAAGGAAGAGAGGCCAGCGAUGCGGCUGCCACUGCCAGUCACGGCGUGGUUGGGCCAGGCAGCCGCCAGGGACAUGGGCAGGAAGGAGGCCUGCAUGGGAGCGGUGCUGCGCGUGCUGCUGGAGACGCACUUGGCGCACUGUUCGCGCGUUGAACAGGACGCAGAAUCGAACCUGCCUGUGGCCCUGAGCCGCCGCGCAACGACCAACGAAGUUCACGUGGAAGUGCGGGCCAAGGGCUCGGAAGCGCCUGUGAAGACUUGUUUCUACAUACAUCCAGAGUUUGCCGCGCCCGAAAGCAAGGCGCCCUACGAGGUGGAGGAGACUGACCCCGCUCAACGAGAGUGGAAGUGGGCGGGCAAGGGGCCCAUGCACCCCUUCUGGAGCGCGAAGAAGCUCACGGCCGAAGGGAUUGGAGCGCGAAGCGUCGCUGAAGCAGAGGCGGGGCGAGCGCGUUUUAACGUGGAGCUCGCGCCGAAGGAAGUGGACGUAGUCAUCUGCGGUCAGGUCAUCUGUGUCCGAAUCCCAGUGACGACCAACACGGUGGAUCUCAAGGCGGGCGAGGAACUGAUCAUGGAAGACACGCAGGUGAAGAGGAAGAAGGAAGCGGCCCCGACCGACUGGAGGACAGCCGCGAAGAAG